AUGGGCGCGCGGGUCGGGGCGCUGCUGCUGGCGCAGCUGUUGGCGCGAGGCCUGCGUCCCGAAGCUCAGCCUGGUGUCCGUCUGUCCAUCCCAGGGCCAUGUGGCCAACGCGCCGUCCCGACACGCAUAGUGGGUGGAAAGGACUCAGAGCUUGGCCGCUGGCCUUGGCAGGGCAGCCUGCGCAUGUGGGGCUUCCACCACUGCGGAGCGAGCCUGCUGAACCGCCGCUGGGUGCUCUCAGCCGCGCACUGCUUCCAAGAGAGCGCCAAUCCCAAUGAAUGGACGGUCCAGUUUGGCGAGCUGACCUCCUCGCCGUCCAUCUGGAACCUGCAAGCCUACUACAACCGCUACCAGGUGGCGCGGAUUUUCCUGAGCCCUCGGUAUCUGGGGUCCUCGUCAUUCGACAUUGCCCUGCUGCGGCUGGCCUCCUCCGUCACCUACAGCAAGCACAUCCAGCCCGUCUGUGUCCCGGCCUCGUCCUCGGAGUUCCAGAACCAGACCGACUGCUGGGUGACCGGCUGGGGGGACAUCACAGAAGAUGAGGGAAGUCCAGGUCGGCAUCAUUAA